UCCGCACAUAGGUGCCCUGAAGCCUCAAACGCGGGCAUGUCAGACACUACAGAGAAAACUCCCAUCGCAAUGGCUGGACCAGACGACGUGGAACAAUUUUUGCCUCCUGCUUACGCUGCGGUGACUGGGAAGCUCUCAGGUAGUAGCCGCCUUCUGAAGAUAGGAGCAGCGCUACUGAUCACUGGGGCGAUCUUGCUGCUUUUCGGAGCUAUUGGUGCUUUUUACUUUUGGAAAGUUACCGAUAAACACGUGUACAAUGUUCACUACAGCAUGAGUGUCAAUGGUAAAAUCGAGGAGGGCUCCAUGGAAAUCGAUUCCGAGAAUAAUUUGGAGAGGUUCGUAACGGGAAGUGGGAACGACGAAGCAGUGGAAGUUCACGAUUUUCACAUUGGCAUCACUGGAAUUAGGUUCUCCGGUGGGGAGAAAUGUUACAUAAAGACUCAAGGCAAAGCGCACCUCCCGCAGGUGGAAACGCUGAACAAGGAUUCAUUGAUGUUCGAUCUGGAGGAUGAGAUCAUGCCAGUCAAGUUUGACGAAGAGUCUCUGAUCUGGGUGGCUGCAGACCAGCCACUUAAGGACAGCAGUUUCCUGAGCUCCAAAAUCUUGGACCUGUGUGGAGACCUUCCCAUUUUUUGGCUUCGUCCCACUUAUGCUAAAGACGUACAGAGGAAGAAACGGAGCGUCAUGAUGCGAGCAAAGCGCCAGACACAACGUAACAGGAGCAGCAGCAGCAGAGGACGCCCAGAGAACGAGCAGGAGAGGGAGGAGCAGACCUUUAACCCAGAAAACCCCUAUCAUCGCAAUCUGGAGGGAGAGGAGGGCACCAUGACCUUCGACCCCAUGCUGGACCAUCUGGGAAUCUGUUGCAAUGAAUGCACACGCAGCUACACUCACUGCCAGAGGAUCUGCGAGCCCCUGGGGGGCUACUCCCCUUGGCCCUAUGAGUACCAAGGCUGCCGCGUGGCCUGCAGGAUGAUCAUGCCCUGCCGUUGGUGGGUGGGCCGCAUCCUGGGUGUCGUGUGAGGCCCUCAUGCAGAAGACAGCAGCA